CCAUCCGAGGAUGUUACAUGGAACGGGUUUACUACGGGCAGCGCAUUACAGUUGAAACAUUGCAUACUUACCACAGGUUGUUUAUUAAGAAGUAUCCACGUAUACAGAUGGACAGCAAAAAGGCAGAAAGAAAAAUUAGACUAGAAACCGUCGGUCAUCAACUGUCGCCUGACGAAACAGCUAUGUUGAAAUUCCUUUGUCAUGGGGUUGUUUCGACAAAAAGACUACACGAAUGCGCGAAUGGUUCAGCGUUGCUUUUUGAAAUAGCAACACAGGGAAAUGACGAGCCUGUUGUAGAAGUUUUGGCAAGAGUUGGUAGAAAGGAUCUUGCAAAAACAUUUAGUGAAGGAUGUGAACAUAAGAAUGCUCUUUUACAACAUAUAAGCAAUCUUGAUGAUCUUGGAAAUACAUGUUUAAAUGAAUUUAGGGUCUUAUUAGUUCAUAUAUGCAAUGAACUCACAGACGAGGAGGACCUGCAAAAACUCAAAGACAUUACAACGAACAUACCUAAAAGACUUUUAGCGAAAGCAGUCACGAUACUGGACUUCUUCAGUUUACUCAUGAAGGGAGAUCAUUUGCAGCCUCAAACAUUAGAUACUGCGCUUUUGGACCCGAUGAGACAUCUUCGCAUAACAGCAUGGGAAAAACACUUGGAGAAAAUAUCAGGUUUUAUCGAGAGGCUCGCAUUACGAGAAGCAGAGGAAAGGGAAGGGUCAAGGGUUACACUGGCUGCUGCAGAAUAUGUUCCGAAAGAAGCAGAAGCAGAACAGACAAGUGAGGACAGCAAUGAAAGCUCAGAAGAAACACAAGAAACUAUACCGAAGAUAGCCGAGACUGAACAGAUCGGAGAGGAGACUCAAGAAAAUAUGUAUGACGUACGUGCAAAGGAGGCAGCAGAGGCAGAGCAGACUCGUGACAGCGAGGAGAGCAAGGAAACCCCAGAAGUGUCCCAAGAAAAUGUAGCAGAGACUGAGAAUUCCGACACUGAUGAACAGAAGCAAGAUAAUCUAGGAGAAGCAAGGGUUUCAGGAUUAGAUUAUAUAAAUCUAAUCGGAUACUGCGCUUCAAACCAACACCAAAUCAACUCUUGGCCCAGCCAAUCCUCCAUGAAAGAAUCUGGUACAAAACCUAAACGUCAAAGGGUAUACCAACGAGUGGAAAAUGUUAGACUUGAAGAAUACAGAAUGACAAGAAUACCAAGAGGAAAGGCUGUUAUUUUUAACAUUGAGAAAUUCAAUAAUUCUACAGACCCGAUGCUGAGGGACCGCACAGGCUCUUCCGUUGAUGCGGAUGGCAUUGAACGAAUCUUUCGUCGCUUGCAUUUCGACGUUGAGCGUUUCAAUGAUCAUGACUGUUCGUUCAAUAAGAUAGAUAAAGAACUAAAGACCCUCGCUUAUGACACUGAUCACCAAGAUAACGAUUGCCUUGCGAUUUUCCUUCUAACACAUGGCAGAAAUGGGCAACUUUUAGAUGCAAAUUGCAAAUCAUUUGAUUUAACGCCACUUCGCAAGUACUUUUACGCCAGCAAUUGUAAGACACUUGCUGGGAAACCGAAGAUGUUCUUCAUCCAAGCGUGUCAAGGACCUCAACGACAAGGAAUAGUAUACAAACGCAUAGAGGAAGACGUCGUCGCGCUUAAACCGUCAGAAGUACCGGUUACACCAGUGUCAACAUCGGGGGACGAUUAUACUAACCAGUCCCCGGACGAAGCAGAUUUCCUUCUUUGCAAUUCUACGCCUCCGGGAUAUGUGUCCUAUAGAGACACAGAAAAUGGAACAUGGUUUAUCAGCACGUUCAUUGAAACGCUUGAGAGAGAUUGCAACAGUUUCGAUAUCAAUGACAUCCUUCUCAGGAUGAACCGUAUUCUUGGAGAAAAAACUGGAAACUUAGAAGGAAAUCCUUGUGCUCAAAUUGCAAGUAUCACGUCAUCGCUUCGAAGGAAGGUUUUCCUCCGCACCAUGCCAAAUACUUGAUACAACAAU